AUGAUGCUCAUGCAGGGGGCGGAACCAGAUCAGCCCAGCUCCAAAGGAAGAACCGCCAAGGAUUUCGCACGGCUCAAGGGACACCAAAAGGUGUUGGACAUCCUCGAGUCGGAUCUGAAGGUGGUGGGCUUGAAGAAAGCCUUAGAGCUGAUGGCUCCCAAGGAUGUGCCAAUGGACAGUGAAGCACUAUCCAGCACGGCGUAUCCCUCCAGUGAACGAGCUGGACAGGAACGAUACCCGAUGCCACGACACAUUCCCAAGGCGCGUUGGCUGCAGCAACUGGCCGUGGCUUCACCAAGCCGCAGUGAAAAGGCCUUGGCGGCCGUUGUGGUGCAGUUGGCCACUGCCGAUUUGCCGGUGCAGCCUCUGGGGCCCGUGGUGAACGUGCACUGUCUGCGUCAUCAGCUGCUAGGGCGGUGGCAAUUCUUUUUAGGCCCUGCGCAGAAGGAGCGUUCCUCCUGCGGCCAUGCGCGACCUGAUGUGGCGGAGCGACAACCGCCGCUGAGUUUGCUGCAAAACACCACCCUGCGGGAGGUGGAACUGUUGGAUCCAAACGUGGCACAUUCGGAGCAGCAACGUGGGAGAUGGACCAUGAUCUACGACGAAGCCUUUGAGGUCAAAGUGGACGGCUUGUCCUUCUUGGCCUUCUCCAGAUUCGAGCUACAGCCUACAGCUGGAGGGCUGCGCAACGUGUCCCACUGCGGCGAAACGCAGCUGGGAUGGUAUCGCAACGAGCUGGGCACGGCCUGGGGCUGUUUCUAUGCCAAGAAAGUGGAGCCGGUGGAUCCCGUGGAGGCGCCAGUGCCGGUGCCGUCCUCACAGCUGGCAGCGACUCCCGCGUUGCCGGCAGAAGAGCAAUGGUCCUUUGUGGCCACGGUGAAUCUGAUACAAGACCUGUGGAAGGCGAGGGUCUACGAGCGCUUCGUCAACAAGACGCUGCGGGAGCUGAACGGCAUGGCCGGCAUCUUCCGGCGCUUCACGCGCGCCAAGAGUCGGGAGGCGGAUCCCUACUUCGGAUCCAAUCCUCUCAGCUUCCUUCAGCGCGCACGAGCCAAGAGCAAGGCGGUCAAGGGACGGAGGCCCCUCCCUACGCAGUGGGAUUGGCGGAAUGUCUCUGGAAGGAACUAUUUGGAUGCGGUGAUCGAUCAGGGCACCUGUGGCUCCUGCUACAUGGUGGCAACCACGCACAUGUUGGCUGCCAGAUAUCGCAUCAAGUACCAAGACCCAGGCUUUGAAGGUGCCACUCCCGACUCUGAGGAAGCUCAGGCGCGCUGUCAGCCGUUCAGCCCUGGCGCAGGCUUUUCCUUCAACUUUCCCCUCUUCUGCUCAGAGUACAACCAGGGCUGCGAGGGCGGCUAUGCCUUUCUCGCGGCGCGCUGGGCCUCGGACGUGGGGCUGGUGCCGAAGAAUUGCAGCGACGAGGACCCACAGGUCGGAGACGUGACCGUGACCUUUUUGGGACAGGGGCUGAAGAAUUCCUGUGAGCUGAAGUGCUCCGUCUCCAGCCUUUCCCAGACUUGGAAGGCUGUCGAUCAUCACUACGUGGGCGGCUACUACGGUGCCGCCAGUGAAGAGGAGAUGAAACGAGAACUGGUGGAGGAUGGUCCUCUGGUGGUGUCCUUUGAGCCCCAGAGCGACCUGAUGUACUACAGCGGUGGCAUCUACUCCAGCGCUGCGCAUCAGCGGGCCGAGUGGGAACCCGUGGACCAUGCCGUGCUGCUGGUGGGUUAUGGUUCCGAGAAUGGACGAGACCUGGUCGUGGGGAUGGUGGGGGGGCUUCGGAAGUCUGGGAAAAUGUUUGGAAAACGAUGGGAAAACCCACAAGACCAUUGGGAGAAUUCAGAAAAUGUUGGGAGAAUUCUAGAAAGACUGGUUGGUGGUUUGGAACAUCAUAUUUUUCAGAGGGGUGGCUCAACCACCAACCAGAAGAGAUUGGAGAAGAAUUUCAGCUCCGUAUCUUUCCGCUGUUGUCCGGAAACUGGUAACGUUCUUGGCUGCAGAUCUCGACCUCGCGGGGUUUGA